AUGACGAAAAUCGAUUACGAACACCACGUCUCACCAAAAACACUUGAAAUGCUUAAAAGAGUGACGACGUACAAAAAUCCGUUUGAUAUAAUUGAUGUACUCCCCGAAGAAUCAAAUCAAGAGAUCAGAAAGAAAUAUAGAAAGAUAUCACUCAUGUGCCAUCCAGAUAGAUGUCAUCACCAACUGGCAGAUACCGCUAUUUCGUGUUUGUCGCUGGCUAUGAAAGCGUUGGAAGACGAAGACCAAAGAAGAAAAUACACUGACAUUAUCGAGCAAUCGCGAAUUGAACUGAGUAAAGAGCUGAAAGAGCGUGGCGAGACGAUUGAUUUUAAGAGUGAAGAGUACAGAAAACGGAUAGCAGAGCGUUCGCAGAAGAUCAUCAUUGACACAGAAGAAAAGAUUCAACGCGCCGAGAAAAUGCGACAAGCAAAUCUUAAACGCGAGAAGGAGGAAAUGCAAUACCAACAAGAAAUCGCAAAGAAAAAGAAGAAAGAGGAGGACGACUGGGAAAAUUCUCGACAACAACGGGUAACAUCAUGGAAGGCGUUCUUAAAGAAUAAAGGCAAGACAAAUGGCGACUGUAGAGGACCAACCAAACCACCCAAAACCACUCUUAUGAAUUAA